AUGGAGCUCAUCACCAUCCUCGAGAAGACCGUCUCUCCAGACCGCAAUGAGCUGGAAGCGGCACAGAAGUUUCUGGAGCAGGCGGCCAUCGAGAACCAGGCAACUUUCCUGUUGGAGCUCUCAAAAGUGUUGGCCAAUCCUGCAAACAGCCAGGUUGCGAGAGUUGCAUCUGGGUUACAGAUUAAGAACUCUUUGACCUCAAAGGACUCGGAUAUGAAGUCACAGUACCAACAACGGUGGCUGGCAAUUGAUUCCAAUGUCCGAAGUGAGAUCAAAGCUUUGGUCUUGCGUACACUGGGAACAGAAAGCUACAGGCCCAGUUCAGCAUCACAGUGCGUGGCAGGGAUAGCAUGUGCGGAAAUACCAGUCAACCAAUGGCCUCAACUAAUACCACAGCUUGUUGCUAACGUGACCGACAUAAACAGUACAGAGCACAUGAAAGAAUCUACGCUGGAAGCGAUUGGGUAUAUUUGUCAGGACAUUGAUCCAGAGCAACUGCAACAUAAAUCAAAUGAAAUCUUGACUGCUAUCAUCCAGGGUAUGAGAAAAGAAGAGCCAAGCAACAAUGUCAGGCUAGCAGCAACAAAUGCUCUGCUCAACUCUCUGGAGUUCACAAAAUCUAACUUUGACAAAGAGGCUGAAAGGCACUAUAUAAUGCAAGUGGUCUGUGAAGCAACACAAUGCCCUGAUACUAGGGUACGAGUGGCUGCAUUACAAAACCUGGUGAAGAUUAUGUCCUUGUACUAUCAAUAUAUGGAAACAUACAUGGGUCCUGCACUGUUUGCUAUCACUGUGGAGGCAAUGAAGAAUGAAAUUGAUGAAGUUGCUCUGCAGGGAAUUGAGUUCUGGUCCAACGUUUGUGAUGAGGAAAUGGACCUGGCAAUUGAAGCAUCUGAGGCAGCUGAACAGGGAAGACCUCCAGAACAUACAAGCAAAUUUUAUGCGAAGGGGGCUUUGCAAUACUUGGUCCCCAUUCUGACACAGACGUUAACAAAACAGGAUGAGAAUGAUGACGACGAUGACUGGAAUCCCUGUAAGGCUGCUGGAGUGUGUCUCAUGCUGCUGGCUACAUGCUGUGAGGAUGAUAUUGUGCCCCAUGUACUGCCAUUCAUCAAAGAGCACAUUAAGAACCCAGAUUGGCGAUACAGGGAUGCUGCAGUCAUGGCAUUUGGCUGUAUCCUUGAGGGGCCUGAAGCCACCCAGUUAAAACCUCUAGUCAUCCAGGCUAUGCCCACUCUAAUAGAGCUAAUGAAAGACCACAGUGUUGUGGUGAGGGACACUACUGCCUGGACGGUUGGCCGGAUAUGUGAGCUUCUCCCAGAGGCAGCAAUCAAUGAUGUUUACCUCGUUCCUUUACUUCAGUGCCUCAUUGAGGGGCUGGGAGCUGAACCCAGGGUGGCUACUAACGUGUGCUGGGCCUUCACCAGUUUGGCUGAAGCUGCUUAUGAAGCUGCUGAUGUUACUGAUGACCAAGAAGAACCAGCCUCCUACUGUUUGUCCAGCUCCUUUGAGGUCAUUGUGCAGAAGCUGCUGGAGACCACGGACAGGCCUGAUGGACACCAGAACAACCUACGAAGUGCUGCCUACGAAGCUCUAAUGGAAAUUGUCAAGAAUAGUGCCAAGGACUGCUACCCUGCUGUUCAGAAAACCACACUAGUGAUAAUGGAGAGACUACAGCAAGUGCUUCAGAUGGAGUCCCACAUACAGAGUACAUCAGACAGGAUCCAAUUCAAUGAUCUACAGUCUCUUCUCUGUGCUACUCUCCAGAAUGUGCUUCGUAAAGUGCAGCCCCAAGAUGCACUUCAGAUAUCUGAUGUAGUGAUGGCUUCCCUGCUACGCAUGUUUCAGAGUACAGCUGGUUCAGGAGGGGUACAAGAAGAUGCCCUAAUGGCAGUGAGCACUCUGGUAGAAGUUCUUGGAGCAGAAUUUCUGAAGUACAUGGAGGCAUUUAAACCUUUUCUUGCCAUUGGCCUAAAGAACUAUGCAGAGUAUCAGGUGUGCCUGGCUGCUGUUGGGCUUGUAGGAGACCUAUGCCGGGUUCUGCAAACAAACAUCUUACCAUUCUGUGACGAAAUUAUGCAACAGCUUCUAGAGAAUCUGGGGAAUGAGAAUGUUCACCGCUCUGUAAAGCCACAGAUUCUUUCCGUGUUUGGAGACAUUGCAUUGGCUAUCGGAGGGGAGUUUAAAAAGUACCUGGAUGUUGUGCUGAACACGCUGCAGCAAGCUUCUCAGGCUCAGGUGGAUAAGACAGAUUAUGACAUGGUGGAUUACCUAAAUGAGCUGCGUGAGGGCUGUCUUGAGGCCUAUACUGGAAUCAUCCAGGGACUCAAAGGAGACCAAGAGAAUGUGCACCCUGAUGUGAUGCUAGUACAGCCACGUGUGGAGUUUAUUCUGUCAUUUAUCGAUCACAUCGCUUCAGAUGAGGAUCACACAGACAGUGUGGUGGCCUGUGGGGCUGGCCUUAUUGGAGAUUUAUGCACCGCAUUUGGAAAGGACGUGGUAAAGUUGGUGGAAACUCGCCAAUGAUCCAUGACUUGCUAACAGAGGGUAGACGAUCAAAGACGAACAAGACAAAAACACUUGCUACCUGGGCCACCAAGGAACUACGAAAGCUAAAAAAUCAAGCCUG